CUCCUUGCGCCAUCCUUACCGUCCGGCCACACUUUCAACUGCAGCGCCGCGUGCGCUGGCUCAUACAUCAAUUCAUCUAGAACGGCUCCUUGCCUUUGCGAGAGCUCGCGAUGUCUGAUACUGCGGAGAAACAGCUCGUCGUAUUUGAUUUCGACUGGUCUCUGGCAGACCAGGAUUCAGACCGCUGGGUCUUUGAGGUACUGGCCCCGGAGCUUCGGAGGAAGAUGAAGACUUUGAAGCAGGAAGUACAGUGGACCGAUCUCAUGGCGUCCUCUUUGCGAGAACUGCAUGCCAAGGGCGUAGCCAAAGAGGAAAUAGAAGAUGUAUUACGGAAGAUGCCUUUCCACCCGGCAAUGGCGCGUGGAGUCACCGAUCUCAAGACUAGGUCCACUCCGAAGACCACAUUCCUUUGUCUGUCCAAUGCCAACAUUGUAUUCAUCUCCACCAUUCUCAAGGCUCAAGGCUUGGAUACCCUCUUCGAAGAGGUCGUGACAAACCCCGCUGAAUGGGAUCCCUCAGGGCUGCUCAAGCUGCGGAGGAGGGUAGAUCCUGAAGGUCCUCAGCAUCAAUGCAAAGUAGGCUGCAGCCCGAAUAUGUGCAAAGGCGAUGAGUUGGACGCCUUCUUGGAUAGACAUAGAACUCAGUUCGACCGCAUCAUCUACGUUGGGGACGGGACCAAUGACUUCUGUGCGGUUUUACGUCUUAGAAGCCAGGACAUGGUGCUUUGCAGGCGGCACCGUGGUCUGGAGAAGCUUAUCACUGGUUACGAGGAAGAGAGCCGUCUCAAGUGUCAAGUCCGAUAUUGGGCCGGUGCUUGGGAAGUCGAGGAGAUUUUCAAGCAGCUCUGA